AUGGCCCAUCGUACAGUCGACCAAAUCAUUUUCUCUUCUGUUCCCGGGGCCGUCAAUAGUACCAUUUUGGAACUCAUCGGCCAGCGAUUAUCAAUCAAAUAUGCCAAUAAGUAUCCCGGAGGCAUAUACGUAGAUUAUGGCCAAACCAACGUCGGGGACGUCAUCAGGCCUCAGAAACAGCUUAUGCACAGAUCUCAGAAAUACCUUGCCUGUUCGACUACCUUGGGGAUGGAGAUUCAACAAGAGGAGGUCACCUUCCUUUUUGACAAGCUAGUGAAUUCUUCCGACCCACCUGUCUUGUCAGUACGAGAGCGAUGUUCAGGAGACGCCUUUGGUAUUUUCGCCUUUGCGAACUUUUACGAUCUUCGGCUUCGCAACAGCAUACAAUUCUAUAAUUGUUGGGUUAACUGGCACGACUUUGGUCGCGUAACUCGUCGAGGGGUCGAUCUAGCAAGAACAGUGCUCUCGCAGUACUCCCACACUUUAGUCAUUUAUCUUCGUGAGUCUGCAGAGUUGCACAGGCAGCGGUUUGAGCAAGGAUCUAUACAUGCGAAGUAUAUGAGGGACCUGGUAAACUUGCACGAGAUUUACUAUCGCUGUGAAGGGUGUGAAAAGCUAGAGUACGACUUUCACAUUUAUGAGACGUACGAUCAAAGACUCAUCACUGCUAUGGAUGUCUUCAACAGCACCACGACGACUAUUAGUAUCGUUGAUAUAAUCAAGUUUGAUAAGGCACCGGAGCGUCUGGCAGACCAUAUCAUUGAGCAAAAAGAGGAAAAAGAAGCAAUAGACCAAAUCGAGGCGGCUAUGUUUGACAUGUUGUCAACCUGGGAAGACAAGUUUCGUCAUGCCAUACAUAUGGCUACCCUUCCUAUCGAUACCCUACUACCUGUCUGCAGUAAAGUUAAAAUGGAAGAAUUCUUGGCCCAAUUGGACGUCGUGCUGGCAGAAUUGCGCGAUGAUUAUCGCCUCUUUGUGUGCCGGUACGCUCCCCCGCCUGAAGAUACGCUUGUCGGUAUUACACUUAGAUUCUACGUAAAACGCGUAUUAUUAGUCUUAGAAAGACUUAAGAUGUUGAUUUCAUACAUGAUUACCAAACGUGUUAAACCCGACUUUGGUCCAGAGGAUCCGGAUGGUGUCAUGACAUUCAAUGCCGCUGACCGGAUAUCGUACGUGGAAGCCAACCACGUCCCACCUCAUAAACUUUACCACCACAAGACUGGUAUUCAUGUGGCUGCCGACCUUCCCCACGCCAUCACGACCCGCGCCCUAUACGAACAUGUGUGCCGAUUCUGGGGAAAAAGACAGAUUUCGACAAACAGCGGUCGAGAUCUAAGCCAUAUGAGUACUACCCCAGCAGAUCAACCAGACUCUGGAUGUUUCGACAAUGAGGUUCUUACAACUCCCCUAUCUGAAACUACAACCAUCAUUUACUCUAACAAGUUUGCUAAUGAUAUCAUCGACUAUGUUUGCCAUCUUUCAUCAUAUCCGGUCGUACCACCCGACCUCAAAGGGAUCCUACGUUCCACAUUGGACGACGACAGCGUGGUGGAUGCCCAAAAUUUACCAUUAGGUACACCUGGUCCAGACAGUAGGCAUAACGUCACCAAUAUUGCUUCACCCCGUGCCUGUAUUUGGUGUAAAACGGAGAACACCGCGAUUGGUCAUACUGACGUCACCGAGCAAGCAAAACGGGCGCGGUGCCAAUGUAUUUUUAGCAACACCAUCACCGGUACUGAGUAUAAAGCCGCAUCUAAGAUCAACCCCUGUUACUUUGAGGGUGCACAGAGCACGAGAGCUACCAUCAUGACUCGAAUCAGCCGACUCAAUCGUCGCGGACCCAAGAACUUCGGUUUGGUGCAAUCCCAAAUUAAUAGAUCCCGUGCGAGCAUUAAUGUGCCUGGACACCAUCGUCGUCCCGCUAGUAUGCAAGAAGAAGGUGAGAUUGAGAUUCAUCACCGGGACGCAAAGGGAUAUUGUUCCGACAUAACAAGUACUAUUCCUCUAAACAUCUAUGUGGUGGAAUAUCGGAAUGUCCAACAGAAAAGGGUCAUUGUCGAGUACAUAUAUCAGUUCAUUGCAGCAGAGAUGGGCCGGCAGCAGUCCAUUUAUCCCUUCAAGCUAAAGGCCAAGAUUGACAUCGAGAGACCUUGCGGCUCUGAUUUUUCCCUCAUGACAGUUAGUACCAAUAACAUACCGAUCACAUGUGAUGCUGAGUUUAAAUCCAGACUGCACCAAAUCAUCGAUGCUAUUAACACACACGGCCCACCCAUGACUAGAGAUGGUGUCGAUGCCGUCAUAUUUCUUGAAGCAACGAAAGAUAAAGUGAAGGAAGGUGUGUUGUUCUAA